GUAAUGAUCUGUCAUAACGCUUUUUUAUUAUUGCGUGCGCAGUACGUUGCAUUGUUACCUGGCACAUUGUUGUCUUUUUUUGAGAUGGAAGUAGGGAUUCUUUUUCGAUUGCACCCACUGUGUAAGACACCGCCUCCCUCCUCACAAUUCUCCACACACGUGAAUUUACACACGCACGCCUCCACAGCAGUCGCUUCUGUUGGUUUUGAACUGAUGCUCUACGCAUCCCUAUGACGUCAACAUGACUCUUUUCGGAGGAGAGAAGAGCAACGCAAUGGACUGCACAUAUAAACCUGACUGAGCUUUGAAAUAAAGCAACACCCAGGACAGGGCGUAAUGCCUGCGAAAAUCAAACGGCGGUUAUGAUGGUUCAGAACUCGCUGAAUAGAAUCUACACUGCAGCAGACAUUUGUUAGAGAACAUUGGGGCACAGUGAUGGGUUGUGGGGGAAGCCGUGCUGAUGCCAUCGAGCCACGCUACUACGAAAGCUGGACCAGGGAGACAGAAUCUACGUGGCUCACCAACACGGACACUGAACCUCAGAUGUCUACUCUUACCUGCGGAGCUAAUGGUUAUUCGGAAAACGGGAUUCACAGCAUCAGGGAGCACGGAGCUCUUGUUACAGGCAAGGCAGAAGGUGGAAGGCAAAAUCAGAAUUAUGUCACAGUGUCUUCAACUACAAAUAACAAAGAAAAGAAAACAGUUAAUACGGGCACACAAUGUAGUAAAACACCUUUGUAUGCAACGUCUGUGACAUCUACUCAGAAGAGAAUGCUGUUCCAGUCAGAUGAUGGAUCAACAGUGCAUCAAGAGAAGUCUCAAGCCAGGAAGUCAAUAACAAUCCUGCAGAAGACAUCUGGAACGACAACACAAACAGAAAGACUUCAGAGAAAUAUGUCCCUUAAAAAUGGCAGCAAAGUCCCUGCAAAGAACUGAGGGUUGUAAGGAUCAUCCCUUUCCUUAAAAUUAAUGAAAAUCAAUUUAGGAUAGAAAGAGCAAAAUAUGAUUACUGUAUUGUUGCUCUGUCUUUGGUGAUGCUUCAGCCAUUUUUAUAUUUUACAUCUAUUUUUAAGGAAAUUAAAAAUGAGCUAAACAGAAGCAUAUGGAUGAAAGAUUGUAAAUACAGCAAAUGAUUAGAAGAAAAGCUAGUAAGUAGUAACAGCUGAGUGCCUUCAGGAGCCACAAAAGGAAUGAGGCUUCUGUAACAUCCCACAAACCUGGGACCUGUGAGAACAGUUUUAGAUAUGCCAAAGUACCAAAUUACUUAUAUAACCUUAAAAGAUUCUAAGAUACUUAAAAUAUUGUAAACAAUCAUUUUCUUUCAUAAAUUGAUUAAUGUAAUAUGAUAUAUGUUUCUGUAAUAUAAAACAAGACAUUUUUAUGUAUAUGUUUAUAUAAUAUAUACUGUAUGUAUAGCGAGAGAGAAAGAGAGAACUAAGGUAAGUCAAAAAGUAUCUGUCUUUUUCAACAGUCUCUGAGAGCAAUUACAGCAAUUAAACAGUCACACACUUCUUUGCCAAAGCCAUGUCAUGGCCAUGUUCAGUAUUGGCAGCAGCAGUUAACUUACAUUGUUCAUGACAUACACUCAUGCAACCAUUCUUGAACUUUUCAUUCCGUUAGUAGACAUUUUGCUGAGGUAUAUAUUUCUUUAGAUUCUGUGUUGAAGAUCAACAAUGGUCAAUUCAGUUCAAUUAAUUUUCACUAUAACAACUGCAGAAAUACGAAAAAAACAUACAGUAGUUAUUUAAUAAUACAGUAAGUAGUUUUAUAUGUGUAUUGAUGAAUAAGAGCAACAUGCGUCAGAAUGCACAAUGUGAAAAUAGUCCCAUUUUGUUUUCGCUGAAAGAUUUGACCUUCAACUGGACCUGUAUUCUCCAAAGUUCUAGAAUUUUAAACUGUAACUAUGACCAUCAAAUACUCCAUUAAGUCAAGUUAUAAAUGUGCAGAUGCUGUGCUGAAAACUCUGGGGCUGAAACACUAUUUCGAUGUGAUUUCCAUUAACUUUGUACAUCUGAAUUUUGCCUUUUGUCUCUUUGUCUUUUAUCUGAACCCACUUUUCCCAUGGCACAAGACAAGAGCACUACCUGAGUAGCAUACUGAUUCUUAUGCAAACACACCUUAAUGUAAUAAAAUAAUUUACAAGGCUAUGAUUUCUUUUGUUUUCUUUGUGUUCAAAGUGCUGGUAUUAGGGCUCCUUUUGUGGAGACUGGUCUAUGUUCAAAACUGCAGGAGGCAGCACAUUGAAACACACAGAUAUUGUUUUUUGAUCAGCAAAUGUUAGGCAUGAUUUCCAUUUUAAAUAUUCCAUGACGUCACAUUUCUUUUCUCAACAUGCCAUGCUGCAGAUAAUAUUUUGUGUUUUACUGCCAGAUUCCAGUAAAUGUAGACACUAUCCACACUUACAUGCUAGUUUGGCACUGAAUAUACUAAUUCAUCCAUCUAUAUACUUAAUUUGAUUAUUCAAUUUUUAGGACUGUAGAGCACUGGGGCCUAAUCCUGAAAUUACACAUUCCAAAACAGAGCAGACUUUCAAUAGCAUCCAUGUUAGCUCAAACCAACACACAAAGAACUACCAGUUAACUUAAUUUGAAUGAUUUUUGCAUGUGGAAGAAAGCUGGAGUACCUGAAGAAAACCCGUGCAGAAAAUACAAACUACACAGAUAGCUACUCUGCAGGAACUGAAAUUCAGACCCAUAAAAUUAAGGAACAGAUUGAUUAUCUGCUACUUCAUCAUGUACUGCAAAUAUGAUCCUAGCCAAUAAGCCACUUAUUGAUUGAAAGUAAAGUUUAAACAAAAAAGUCACUUAUCUGUUGAUACAAGGAUUGUCAGUUCUAGUCCUUUACAUUUUCUAUAAUUUAGGAACAGUAGUUCUUUUUUUUUACAUUUAUGUUUUUGCUGUUGAAAAUCAGCACUCAAACUAUGUAGAGUAUACUAAUUUUUAACAUCUUGAACAACUCAAUGAUAACACAACUGAGCUUAUUUGGUGACAUUUUACUUUAGGUAUCCAUUAUAAAGCAACGAUAAACAGUCUAUGAACAAUUAAUUAUUAGACUUUUGCAGUAUGUUGUUGUCAUUAAUGGUAUUUUUAUCAUGUUAAAGACACUUGUAAUAUAUUAUGUAACAUGUGAACUGUUAGAAGCAGCUUACAAUAGAUAACUAAAGUUAUUACUGCUUUUUUUUGUUUUGUACUGGAGUCUGCAAACCAAAUAUCACAGUAAAUACUGCAUGAAAAGAAGUGCAAGAUAUUUCCAUAGGUAAAACUGCUAAAAGCUUAACAAUAUAUUGCAUUUUAAUUAUUUUUUUUCUUAACCCUAUAACAGACAGGAAUCAUGGCAGCAUUGACUGUUCCACCUUUUGUUCAGUAUCUAAGCUUUAACGUUACUGCUAUGAAUCACCUUUUCACUCUGCCAUUAAAUAUGUAAGCUGAUUCUGAAUAGUAAAAUUCAUCCCAUGUAAUAUUAAUUAACUCUGUUCAUAAGUAUCUUAAAUGUUUUGUUAUUGUGCUGGAAAUCCAAUAUCAAGUAUGUAAGCAUGUUUAAAAAAUUAAUAAAAAAAAUGCUUCCUCCA